UCCGCCGCACCGCUGGGGGCCAGCGCGGACCGACCGAAGAGUCUGAGCGAGAGACAGUGGGAUACCGAGCCGUGCGGAGCGAGGACGCGGGACAUCCCCGAGCCCGGAAUCAACAUACCCUCUGCACUGGAUGGAGCUGAUCCUGAGUAACAGCCCAGCUAAACUGACUCUGGGUCCUGCUUGCCAACCAGAGUUGACCCUGAGAUUCAACCUGACCAAGCUAACCCUGGAUCCCACACACCAGCCAGAGGUGACCCUGAGCCCCAGGCUAGCUGAGCUGACCCUGGAUUCCACAUGCCAUCCAGAGAUGACCCUCCGUCCUGACCCAGCUGAGCUAACCCUGGAUCCCAGACACCAGCCAGAGGAGACCCCACUCCCCAGCCUGGCUGAGUUGACACUGGAGCCUGUGCAUUGUCGACCUGAGCUCCUGGAUGCUUGUGCUGACCUCAUCAAUGACCAGUGGCCCCGCAGCCGUGCUUCUCGCCUACACUCCUUGGGCCAGUCCUCAGAUGCCUUCCCUCUCUGCCUGAUGCUGCUGAGUCCUGGUCUUACCCCUGAAGCAGCUCCCAUUGUGGUGGGUCAUGCCCGUCUGUCACGAGUGCUGGAUCUGCCCCAGAGCCUCUUAGUGGAAACAGUGGUUGUGGCCCGAGCCUUUAGGGGCCGUGGCUUUGGCCGCCGUCUCAUGGAGGGCCUGGAAGUCUUUGCUCGGGCCCGGGGCUUCCGUCGGCUGCACCUUACCACUCAUGAUCAGCUAUACUUCUAUGCCCACCUGGGCUACCAGUUGGGUGAGCCUGUUCAAGGCCUUGUCUUCACCAGCCAACGGCUGCCCUCCACCCUGCUCCGUGCCUUCCCAAGGGCCCCCUCUUCCCGGCCAUCCUGCAAAGUCCCAAGCCUGACUGCUCAAGCAGCCCCAAGGGGACCUAAGGGGCCUCCACUGCCACCACCCCCUCCCCUGCCCCAGCCCACCUCACCCUCAUCUCCAGAAGGGCCCCUUCCACAAAGCCUGCUGGAGACACAAUACCAAGACCUCAGGGGAUGCCCCAUAUUCUGGAUGGAAAAAAAUAUCUGAGGGCCCCUUGGGACAAAGCACUGCCCUUCUGAGUCCCUGAACUUCCCAGAACAAUACCAGCCUCAGCCCACUGACCAUAUUUCAUCCCUUAACCCCUGGGGGCAGCUUUAGCCUGGGUAUGUUUCCUGGGUAUCAGUGGGGGGCUAAAUGGGGUAGCUCCAGUAGCUCUGGCUUAGAGUCAUCAGUGUAGCUGAAUAAAGGCUUCUGUUGAGUGUA